CGGGCCAGAGCCUGGAGAUCCCAGAGGCCUCAGGUGGGACCGUCCUCCGGCCCAUGCAACCCCUUCUCCCUCCUGGUCAGAUCGUGUUUGAAGCCACUCUGAGCGGCCAGCCAGCCCUGGGGCCCAUCGCCCUGGACGACGUGGAGUAUCUGGCCGGGCAGCACUGCCGGCUGCCCGCAUCCAGCCAGGGGGACACGGCACUGGCCACAUCGGUGCCAACCGUGGUCGGCAGCGCCCUCCUUGCCCUCGUCCUCCUGGUGCUGCUCGGACUCCUGGGGCGGCGCUGGUUGCAGAAGAAGGGGGGCUGCCCCUCCCGGGGCGAGACGACAGCCGUGGCCCCAGGCUUUGACAACAUUGUCUUCAAUGCGGAUUGUGUCACCCUGCCGGCUUCGCUCACCGACCACCAGUAGAUGACCCAGAGACUGGCUCCCCACACGAGCAUCCCCCACCCAUCAGCCCCAGGGAGUAACGUCUGCCCCUCCUCCAUGAUGCACUGAGCCCCCGUGCGGUCAUCCUUUAGGGACUGCCACCCACAUGCCUGGGGAUGGUCCUCACCCCAACAAUAAAUGCCCUGGCCUGGGAGGGUGGCCCCCACGUACUGGCUGGGGUCUGUGCAUCCUGUUCUGUCAGCAGGAAGGUGGGCUCUGGGGGAUCUCCAGCUCAAAGGAUGUGCUUGGGGGGACCUCUCAUGUCUCCGUGACUCAGGUGACAGGUAACAGGCAGGCCACACGAGACAGGACCAAGGGCUAGAGGCAUCAGACACAGACACACUGGGACCCCGAUAAGCCCCUGCCCCAGAGGGUACCCCAACACUCAGGUGGCCCAGCCCACCCCGUGGGACGUGACCCAAGCCCUGUCCAGCCCCUGCGCCUUGCCAGGUGAUUCUGCCUCUGACUGAGGACAGGGAGGAACUCCCACAGGCACAGGUGACAGCCUGAGUAGCACGUAUUUAACCAGGUGUAAGGUGGCGUAGAGCUGGUCUGGGGCGGGGGGAUGCCCUGCUGUGUCGCGGUUCUGAAGGUCCAUGUCCACCAUCCCACGGUGAAGUGCAAGUGGUCCCCAGGAUGACGGGUCUCAAAGCAGAGGUCCCUCGGUGCCCUGGGGAUGCCGCUGAGCAGGUCGAUGGCAGGCUAAGCUGAGGUUCCUGCCCUCCUGACCUCACGGGCUCUGGGCAUGAAGGCGCCCCGUCCCUGAGCUGUCAAGGCCCUGGCGCACUCACACACCCUCCCCGCCUAAUAAGAUGGAGCGCAGUCUUUCUAACCCAGGGAGGGUCCCUCUGGGCAUGGCCGUCCUGGGGAACACAUCCACACCCACGCAGCCAGGUGCUCCCCUCCUGCCGGCAGGAAGUGCCCCCACCUUGCCAUCCCGGCCUACUGGGGACUCCCAAGCCAGGGGAGGGCACGGACCUGGUGCCAAGAGGCCAAUGCCCAUGAACUGUGCCAGCAGACGGUGACGAGGAAGCCGCAUUUCAGAGUGACUGUCACAGUCCCUCAGGCACCCCCCAACCCAGUGGCAUGUCGUGAAAACCAGAGGCACGCUAGGGGCGUGGCAGACC